UCGCCCCGGACUUAAAGACAGUCCUCAGAGACACAUUCUUAAAAUGAUUGAUUUAUAUGCAUGCAGGAAUAUGCACAUUAUACAGGCUGUUUAGACGCAUGUGGAAUCUGAUUCAAAGAGGCUGAACCGGAUGAAGGUCUUCUGAAAAACUUUUUGGAUUGUUGGAUUAUUCUUGUGGACGACACACUGGAUUGAUUUUGGUUAAAUCAAAACAUUGAUUUAUUUUUUUAACAGACAAACUGGAGUAAAUAUCUGGUUCAUUAAAACACGCACGAGACGCUGAGUUAAUGUGUUACAUUUUAUUUAAUUUAAUUGGUUUAUUACUCAGUUUUAUUAAGUUUUUUUUUUUUUAUGUCAAAUUAAUACGAAAAACCCUCGAUUCAGACUCAGCUGGGAAAAAUGCGUCCUUAAUCUUUAAGAAAACCUUAAAUGUUAAAAGUAUUUAGUUUUGUUUAUUCAGUGUAUUUACUCUUCUGUUCAUUUGUAAUGUCAAAUGAGCAAGAAGCUCCGCGUGCAUGCAUCCUUAACCCCCAAGAGCACAUUACAUGCAUAUUCUACCACGUGCAGAGAUCUUUAUGUUGUGAGUGAAUAUGGCGAAUACUCUGGAGAGAGAGAUUUUGGAGCGCGAGCUCCGUCCACGCUUGUGCUAUUUAACGAAAGGAGAUCGCGGAUACGGAUUUCAUCUGCACGGUGAACGGAGCCGAGGAGCGCAAUACAUCCGCAAGAUCGAGCCGGGCUCCACGGCAGACCUGUCCGGUCUCAAGUCCGGGGACCGGGUGGUGGAGGUGAACGGAGAGAGUGUGGAGGGAGAAACACAUCAGCAGGUUGUGGAGAGGAUCUUGGCUGUGGAUCACCGCACCAGGCUGCUGGUGGUGGACCGGGUCACAGAUGAGUUCCUGAAGUUUCAAGGUCUCCCAUGUACGGAGGAGAGGGCAAUAGAAAUGGGCUCUCUCUCUUCUCGUUCCUCCGCGGCAUCCUCUCCACGCGCCUCCCCACGGGACUGCGCCACACCUCCCUACAGCAGACAGAGCUCUGAGGGCAUUUUAAUAAACAAGAGUCCCAGUACCUCUGGAGGGAUGAACAGUUCUCCGCUGUACAGAGCUCAUGCCCGUCUGUCUACACCUGUGUUCCUGUCUCCCCCCUCACCCUCUGAACUCAAAAAUGAGCGAAUAAUCGAACUCUUCUCAAAACCCAACAUUGAAUCUAGUGCUGAACCCAAGAUUGAAUCUAUAACUGAACUCUUCACAAAACCCACCAUUGAACCCAGCAUUGAACCCAAGACUGAACCAAUAAUUGAACCCUUCACUAAUCUCAGCAUUGAAUACAGUGUUGAGCCCAAGAUUGAACCAAUAACUGAACCCAUCUCUAAACCGAGCACUGAAUGCAGUAUUGACCCAACUGAGCCCAAGAGUGAGCCCAACACUAAAGCCAGCUCUGAACUCAUUGAAACCAUUGACAGCAUCACUGACCUCAGUGGAUCACAAAUCAGUACACAGGAGGAAACAUCAUCAGAGGGGAACGCGGUAACGAAGGACCUGCGUCCACGCUUGUGUCACAUAAUCAUUGGCGAACAGGGUUACGGCUUCAACCUGCACUGCAACAAAUCCCGCGCGGGCCAGUACAUCCGCUCCGUGGACCCCGACUCACCAGCGGAGCGUGCGGGAUUGAGGCCGAGGGACCGACUCAUCGAGGUGAAUGACAGAGGUGUUGAGGGUCUGCGUCACGCUGAGGUGGUGGGGUUGAUUAAAGCGGGAGGCAGAGAGACCCGUCUGUUGGUGGUUGACCCGGAGACAGAUGAGCUGUUUAAUACACUGGGCAUCAUGCCCACAGCUACUCAUCUUAAAGAGGACUGUGUGGAUGGACCAAUCAUUGAGAGCCCAGAGACGAAGUGUCCUAUCGCAGACAGCCCUGUAUCUGCUUCACCAGUCACAAAUGUCCCCAGGAUCUCUCAACCAAUCAUAAACAUCACACUGACAGAUCCACCAAUCACAAACGGCUCUCCACGACACAAGAGUUACGGAAGCUCCUCCUCUUAUUCUACUUUAUCAGAGACGAGUACCGAACUCAGCAGUUCUGACAUAAGCAAGGUCACUGAUUCAGACCAUCAUUCCUAUGAUGAGGUCCGUAAAUCUAACCAAGAUGGGAAAUCUGAGCAGCGGCCGUUAGACCCGUUCUGGGAGAGCGGUCUGCAACUGAGCCAAACUGCAGCUGAGGCCAAACAAAAAGCACGGGCCAAACGGCCCAACAAGAGAGCGCCCCGUAUGGACUGGAGCAAGAAACAGGAGAUCUUUAGCAACUUCUGAGGAUCGUAUACAUCUAAUUUCUAGUCACAGAUAUAAUAUAAAAGAUGAAGGACAUUCUCCAGUGUGAUGGAGUGGCGAUGUAACACGUUCUAUCAUUGCUAAUGAUAUCACGUGGUUCAUUAGCAAUGUUGGGUGUAUCCGAUUACAAAGUAAUUAGUUACAGUAAUCUAAUUACUUUUUAGUAAAAAAAUAAAAAAUAAAAAAAUAGUGUAAUGCGUUACAUUUUAAAUACUUGUAAUCAGAUUACAGUUACUGACUUUCAGUUAAAGUAAUUUAUUUUCAGUACAUUACUUGCACAAAAGAAAUAUGUGUAAUACAUUUAUAAUAUGAAAUCAUAUGUACGUCUGUUAGCGUUUCUGUGACAGCUGAAGGGUGUGUGACAAUAAAAAGUUAUUUUGAGUAACCCAACAUAGUAAAUUAGACGCAUCGUGGCAGUUCCAAGGUGACAUGUCCACUGGGUGGCGCUAAAAGCGAGUUAAAUGGUCUCUCAAACAGAUGAAGUGUUUAUGGUUAAUGCUAUAUUGAGUUUUAUAUAAAUGAAAUCGACUUCCCUACCCGCAGUCAUUAUGUGGUGCUUCUAUGACGCUUUCAGCUCACGCGUUGACUCGCGAUACGAACGUUUCACGUAAAAAAAUCACUAUGCAAAAAUGUAAGUAAAGUAACAUGAUUCUAUGACAUGAGGCUGCUCAGGUUUCACCUGACAUAGUAUUGAUUACUAACGUCGAAUCAAACUUGGCUUAACCAACCAACAUGAAGCAGAAGGUUUCAGAGUGGGUCUUAGAGAGUAAACAAACUUCAAAAGUCAGUAAAUUAGUAAUACAACAACAUAAGUGAUUCAUCUUAAAGAGACAGUAACAUGAGAAGUGCCUCACUCUAAUUGCUCAGAAUAGAGAUGCAAGUGAGACAACUGGAAAAGAGUAUUCAGGAUGAAGUUAGUGAACUAAUAGUUCUGGUUCAAGUACUCAAAGUGUAGUGAAACUGUAGGUGAUUUUGUGCCUCUGUGUUGAUACAUUGACUGCAGACUUCUGGAGGGAAUACAAGAUGUGUAGUACUACCAGAAACAACCAGGAAAGUGAGAGAGAAAGAUACUGAACAAAUGCCAAAGAGAGCUACAGCAUUAGACAAACAAUGAACAUGCAUGCAGGAAGAAAGAAUAAGAAUAUUGUAACUGUAGAUGGAAGAUCUCAAGGUCUCUGGUAUAUUUAUAUGAAUAAUUCGCUAUUUAAUAGCUUUUACUGAUUAUUAAAACAUCACUUCAUGACACUAUUACUCCAUCUAACACUUGUAGAUCUAAUGUUUUCUUUCUCUGAUAAUGAUGUCAUGUAUGUAACGUGUUGUUGGGGUCGUUUUAUUCAGGUCACUAGUUUCACAUUUGCCCACAUUUUCACUAGAACAACACACACACACACACACACACAUAUAUAUAUAUAUAUAUAUAUAUAAACAGCUGGUUUUAACAGUUGACAAACAUGUACAGAAAUAUAGCUACAUUUAUUAUAAAUCUAUAAUAUAAUAAUUCAAAUAAUAUGACAAUGUAAAAGGAAUUACAGAAAAACUUAUUAUACAUAGUUAUUAUAGUAUAGAGGCAAUUUUAUUAUUGUUUUAAGUCAAUUUUUUUUCAUUUUUUCUUGUCACCUUCAAACUAUUUAUUUCCAUUUUGUAGUCACAGAGCUUUUCCUGACACACUAAUAAACUGAGUUUUUUAGAGUUUGGACUACCAGUUUCACAGAUAUUUUACUGAAAUAAAUGAGAAUACAAAUAAUGUCUUGUGUAUUAUAUUGCAAUCUCAAAAUUAAAGACAAAC